AUGGACGACCCUUCCCUGGCUCCCGGCGCCGCGGCCGCCGCCGCGGCCGCCGCAGCCGAGGUCACGGCUGCCGCGUCAGUGGAGGCUUCCCAGCUGGCUCCCGACGCCUCCUCUUCUGCCAACGCCGAGGACGAGCGGUUCGCCCUGCUGAUGAGCAUCGGCGAGGAGUGCAUUCAGACCGACGAGCUCAGGCUGCUGCUGCAGAACAAGGAAAAACCCGUCCCCAUCUGCUACGACGGGUUUGAGCCCUCCGGCCGCAUGCACAUUGCCCAGGGUAUUGUGAAGACGAUCAACGUUAACAAGAUGAUCAGAGCAGGAUGCAGAGUCAAAAUCUGGAUAGCAGACUGGUUUGCUCAGCUAAACAACAAAAUGGGUGGCGACCUGAAAAAGAUCCAGACAGUCGGGCGCUACAUGAUUGAAAUAUGGAAAGCAGCUGGCAUGAAUCUCGAUGGUGUUGAAUUCGUAUGGUCUUCAGAAGAAAUCAACAAGCGUGCAGAUGAAUACUGGACACUUGUCAUGGACAUUGCCAGGAGAAACAAGGCCAAGAGAAUAACGAGGUGCUGUACGAUCAUGGGCCGUGCUGACAACGAGGAAUUGACUGCUGCACAGAUCUUCUAUCCUUGCAUGCAGUGUGCUGAUAUAUUCUUCCUGGAGGCUGACAUAUGCCAGUUGGGCAUGGACCAAAGGAAGGUUAACAUGUUAGCAAGAGAAUAUUGCGAUGACAUAAAAAGGAAGGACAAACCAAUUAUUCUGUCACAUCAUAUGCUCCCUGGGUUCAAAGAAGGUCAGGAGAAGAUGUCAAAGAGUGAUCCAUCAUCAGCUAUCUUUAUGGAAGAUGAUGAGGCUCAGGUGAAUUUAAAGAUAAAGCAAGCUUUCUGCCCACCCAACAUUGUCGAGUGUAAUCCGUGCCUUGAGUACAUCAAGUACAUCGUUUUCCCUUGGUUUGAAAGGUUCGAGGUGGUUCGGAAAGAAAAAAAUGGCGGUAACACGACAUUUCUAAGCAUCGAUGACCUCACUGCUGAUUAUGCGAGUGGUGCUCUGCAUCCUGAUGAUGUUAAACCUUCUUUGGCCAAAGCGAUUAACGAAAUAUUGAAGCCUGUUCGUGAACACUUCAACACCAACAAGGAAGCCAAAGAUCUCCUCAACACUGUUAAGAAGUACAGAGUUUGAGGAGAUAGAUCUUCCUAAUCACUACAUGGACAACCCAACCCUGGAAACAUACUCAUCUUUCUCGAGAAGAUUUCUUCCGCUUUCUUGCUUAUUGUACAAUCUCUGUGUUACAUCUUCUUGUGAGGUCAACUUCCUUUUAAAAGUUACUAGGAAGCAUAGGCGCGGCGGCACGCCGCGCCCGUGGGGUACCUUGUUGAUGUAUAUAUUCGGUUCUAGUUGCAUCUGAGUAGAUGGAUCGAUGAUUUAGAAGAUGGCGUGUCAGAAAAGUGUCACUUGAUUGCAC